AGUAGACGAUACACCUGAAGCGCUGCCAAUCUCAUGCUUCUGUUAUUUCUCAUCGUUUUCGAUUGCUUUUAUUCUACGAUGCUGACAUGAUCUCGUUGAUCUUUCACUGAUAACCGAAAGCAUCUACCUUUCCUCAGUCAUUUGAAUAUUUAUUUGAAUACGUAGUCCGUCUUCACCUUGCUGUCAACCAACAAUAAUAACGUCUGGCCAUAAUCAUAUUAAGAUUGGACCACUGUAAUAUAUCUGUCUGUUCCGAUCAACUACUCUAUUCUUAGUUGCUUCAGUUGUAAUAUACACAUCUAUUUCCUUUCAAACACGGGGUUUGUGGAUUAGUUACUGAAUCCAUGCGAAGUUUCUAGGACUGUCAAAGCGUAUAUCCUCACUUAUCUCUGUUAUUUUCCCUCGAAGUUUUUAUCGCGUACUUCCUCAAAUUUUCUCACAUUUUAGACUUUAAUAUAAUGAAUAGCAUGCACAGUCAUAGCGUUGCCACAAGUAGCCAUACUAAAACCAAAAGUAUGACUAGCAUUGCUAAAGGUUUUAAUUCAGACGUAACUAACGAAUAGACAAUCUCCGUUUAUAGCAAUAGGAUUAUAAAAAAGCUCAAGACAACAGGAAAAAGCCUCAAGUCAAUGUGAGCAACAACCCGAGUUCCCAAUUUUGAGGAAAAUUUGACCCAUUUUAGGGAAGCCACCAUAGUGAACUUUGGGUAAAUGGCCAGGGUCAUUUGACCUCAAAAUUUCCUCAAACUUGGGAGCUCGGGGCGGAUUACUCAGCUCAAUCGUUUUAUUUAGUGUUCCAUUUUGGAGAGUAGUGUAUUGGAAAGUAGAGUAGCCUCUGAUAAAAAAAACGACCGGGCAUAUACUGUAUAGUAUAAAGAAAAUGUUUUACUUCAGCCAAGCAAUACCGCCUGUGUAAGGUCCAAGACGUAGCAAAGGUAAGCCCUCUCUACUCAGGGUAAGUUUAGAUUCAACACACGUUACAGAAGAAAUUUUACACCUCAGAAACCAUCUGUUAAGCGACCCUUUUAAAUUUGAGUUUGACACAACAAGUCGUGGGCCUUAAGAGAUGCCUGUAGAUCGGCAAAUACACGAGAAUCAACCAGCAUGGUGGUUCGCGGAGUGCCUGCGCUGGUAGUUGAUAGUUGUGAUAAAGCUCACAAACACGAUAUGUAACGGUGGCGUUGGGUAUCACAUAGCAUAGGCUUUCACAUCACUACAAUAAUUAGCUUGUCCAGGCUACUUCGUCCUUUCCACCUCACUAUCUUUAAGUCUUCUCUGGUGGCUGUAAACUUCAGAAACCGAAUGGGCUUAACUGAGGCUCCUCAGACGUGGUAGGACUCGAAGAACGGUCUCUCUAAUUACGUCAAAUGUUGCAAAAGCCAACCUAGAUCGUCAGAGCAACAGCAGAAAGAUCAAAUAGAACACAAUUCGGUGUCGCCUGACCUUAAUUAACAACCGACAGUUUAGAUCACAGAGAACAUGGUUUCGCUAAUGGGACAUGAUAUACAGGCGAAACCCUACAAAGUUCAGUUCCCACGCAACUGACUAACACAGUUUAAACAACAAUCUCCUUAAAAUCCUGUUGACCCAUACGUCUGUAGAGGAGCAUCAGGUGAUGAGAGUGGUGGUUAACAGUGGAUGACCACUUGUGGACAAUGAGGGAUAUGAUUCAGUAUGCUAUCCAACACAAUGUACCACAACGUAAGAAUACACUCGGAAAGCGAAGACCCUGUGUUAGACGAGUCACAAAACGCUUGCUACUGACCAAACGGUGAACCUGGGACAAGUUGAGAGUCUCCGUGAAAGAUUCUAAUCUUAGCUUUUACUUGGCAUUGAGAAACAGAUGCGACGCCAGAGUCUGCAGUAAUAGGAUAUGUAUUCAGGUCAAGCUAGCGGCCAAAAUCCAAACUGACCCCAUAUAUCUCUACUGAUUCAUGAUCAGGAGGAAGCCCACAAGCCAAGGGAUCUGUACUCGUAGAGGGUCAAAUGGCUUUGAGAUGUCAGAGAUCUUUAGCUCCAACUUCACAGACCAACUAAACUAGGUUCCGAAACUUCCUAAAGAAGCUUGAUCUCAGGCUUGUACACCCCAAUGUUGUUCCUAACACUGCUUAAAACGUGCGCAUGGCCCCACCUUGAGGUCCACCAUGUCGUUUACACGUGCACGUAACAAAGAUGUUGGAUAUUGGCAGUGUAUUCUAUCUACUUGCUGAGAGGUCGGCUGACAUUUUCUUUUGUUCUUUUCCCUUCCAGACUCUUUCACUGUCUUAGCAUACAAGGUACUUUCAGGUUAGACGGAAACGUACCCAAAACUGAACACCACAAUUAUUUCAUCUGGAUUUGCUUACGCACUGUCCUUCGCUCUAUACAUUGGAUCUUUUUUCCGGAGUUUGACAUCUGACCAUCUCUUCAUAUCGUCCUGACAAAUUUUCGUUUAUACUGCACGAAAUUGAAAUAAAUUUGGCGUUGAAUUGUGUUAUUUUGAGGAUGCAAUUAGAUUACAAAGGUUGUUGUAACUUUUUGGAUACCAGAAGGUUAAACAUCAUAAAUGAAGUCAACAAUAUUUCUUUGAAAGGAAACAGCUUCUCUAGUGAUUUCAAGUCAUAUUUCCAAAGUCAAACUAUUCCAAAUGAGGUUUUGUGGUCACUAGAAUGUUAUAACGAUGUCUACUGCGGUAUAUAUAAUUCUUCUGGGGACCUGUUCUUCACUGCUUCGCAAGAUGGGUUUAUUCGAGUAUUUGAUUCUUCUGGACAUUAUUUUCGUUACAUGAAUGAGAUUAAUGUUCCUGAAUAUACCUGGAGUAUUGUGUCACUCUCUUUAAGCAAUUUGGGGGAUACCCUUGUUUUCUGCAGUUUGUCUCCUAUUCUGUAUUUCACCAGUCUAACCGAUGUGCGUGAUGAGGAGCUAAAUCUCAAACAUGCCGAAAUUCAACCUGGUGUAAGAAAUAUAACGAAGACUUUUAGUGUUGAUUUUCUUGGCGGGAGUAGUAAUCAAGUGGUUAGUGGACAUAACAAAGGUAUGGUUUAUGUGACGGAUCUGCAGACAAACAAGUAUGAAUCAUUCGCUGUAAAUCCACGAUCAAAAGCUGAUGUAAAUGCUGUUACUACACUGGAUCGAUCAAGUAAUCUUAUCCUUGCGGGUAGUGAUGAUACAAAUGUUAGACUUUUUGAUAUUCGUGCAUUGAACAAAGGGUGUCAAAGUUUAUUUUCUGGACAUGUGGACGGUAUCACAUAUUUGGAUUCAAAGGGUGAUGAUGUGUACUUUUUGUCAAACAGUAAAGAUCAAACGGUUAAACUAUGGGAUACAAGAAAGUGUCGGGAAUCGGGGAAAGAAACUCGAAUGACUCCUCGUUCUACUUGGGACUAUCGAAUUCAUCCGAUUCCACGUGGAUAUCCCAUACCUUCUAAACAAAAUUCUUCUAAACCUAUUCGAGGUGAUAACUCUGUGCUUACACUUUCUGGACAUAAAGUUCGCAACACGUUAAUUCGAGCACGUUUUUCGCCUGCAUUUAAUACUGAACAAAGAUUUGCUUACUCUGGAAGUGCUUAUGGUAAUUGGUAUAUAUGGGAUUUGUAUUCCGGAAAAGUUGUUAAACAUUAUUCGUGUGAUGGGCAUACAAUACGAGAUAUAAAUUGGCAUCCAUAUGAACAGCAAAUAGUUACCUGUGGUACAACGGGUGAUAUAAGUUGUUGGGUAUAUAAUCGGAAUAAAAUGACACGUUCCAAGAAAAAGUCUCAGAAAAAACAAGAAAGCAAACAUUUAAAUUCUUCUCUACCAAUCGUAGAAGCUGAUGACGAAACAUUUCAUGAACUACGUAAAUUAGCUAAAGCUGGUUUAAAAUAUCGGGUAAAAGGAAUUUUUGAACGCCACAAGUCAUCAAUAUUAUCCCGCUUUAUUGGAUCUAGCGAUUCAGAAGAUGAAGAUUUUAUUACUGAUUAUGAAUCAGAUGAAAGUUCCAUUUUUCCAUUUGAUCAUUACUAUUCCUUUAUUGAUGGCAUAUAUUUUGAUGAAUACUAUGAAGAUAUUGAUUCAGACUUUUAUCCACCAUCUGAUGAUGAAUUUCUUUUCGAUACACAAUCAUAUAUACCUCCAUUAACACGCAAUCAACAGAGACAUUUAAAUCCCGAUGAAGAAUUAACCACUGAAUCUAUUAAUAAUGGAUCCACAGCCAGGAAUUCUCAAAGACCUAGCACUAGACCAAAUAAUCGCCAAACAAGAUCAGCAACUCAGAGACAAACCCAACAAAUUACUCCACAAAGGAGUAUUCGUCGUUCAUCCAGGAGACGUACACGAGGAAGGUCUAGGAACUAGAAACAUUAUUCAUAUUAUCAGUAGAGAUUAUUCAUGCGAAUUUUUCAUAUUUUAUUUGUUUCAAUAAAAGAACAUAUUUAUGUUUCGA